AUGAAGAUCUUCGCGCUCUCCAUCUUCCUCGCCCCGUCCUCACAGUCCUCCACCGUUCUCACCUCCGCGACGGACCUCUCCUCCUUCUCCUUCUACCAGCGCCCCUCCGUCGGCGAGUUCAUGCAGUUCUUCGCCAAGACCAUCGUCGAGCGCACACCUUCCGGGCAACGGCAGAGCGUGCAGGAGAACCAAUAUACCGCGCACGUGUACAAUCGCGGAGGCGCAGAGCAGUUGGCUGCGGUGAUCGUCACCGACUCUGAAUACCCCGUCCGACCGGCGUUCUCCCUGCUCACGAAGCUCCUAGAGGACUUUGUGGCGAAGGUGCCCGCGACGACGUACAGCACCCCAGCGGCGAUCAGCUUUCCGGAGAUCAACACGUAUCUGCAGAAGUAUCAGGAUCCGCGGCAGGCGGAUGCGAUCAUGCGGGUGCAGCAGGAACUCGACGAGACGAAGAUUAUUCUACACAAGACGAUCGAAUCGGUGCUCGCGCGGGGGGAGAAGAUCAACGACCUGGUGGACCGGUCGAACGCGUUGAGCACGCAGAGCAAGAUGUUUUACAAGACGGCGAAGAAGCAAAACUCGUGCUGCGUGCUGAUGUGA